AUGAAGCAGGGGACGUCUCUCUACGACACCCCGUAUACAGGUCGUCAGGUUACCGCAUACUCGGAGGCUCAGUCACUUGAUAUUCCUCAGCUUCUCAGAGAAUACCAUUACCGCAUCUGUAGGGAGCGCGAUGAUUCCAAUUAUAUGAUCUCAACCUUCCAGUCUAAGGCCCUUGUCUUCCUUGCUCGAGCCAUUGGCGCUAAACGAGUUCUUGAGAUUGGUGUUUAUGUUGGGUUCUCGGCUAUGAUUUGGAGCCACGCUGUCGGCCCUCAGGGUAAAGUUACUGGCCUCGAGUACGACGAAGAGUACGCCAAGUUAGCACAGGAGGCUUGGAAGGAACAAGGCUACGAGAAUAUCGAUGUACAUGUCGGUCCUGCUGCUGAAACUCUCCCCAAGCUCGCUGAUACAAGCGAACCUUUUGAUAUCAUCUUCAUCGACGCGGACAAGACGGGCUACAGCGGCUACCUACGCCAGAUACUAGAGAUGUCGGCUCCAGGUGCUAAGAAUCGACUCCUCCGGCCCGGCGGCAUCAUUGCAGCGGACAACACGCUACGUAAGGGCCUAGUUGCCGACCCUGAGAACAACCCCUCGCGACCCGCUGACUUCGAUGACCCCGAGUCCUUCCAGGCCAUCGCCGUGGCUGCCAUUCGCGAGUACAACGACCUCGCAGGUGAUAAUGACCGUUUAGAGACAUUUCUAAUUCCUCUUUGGGACGGCAUGCACUUGUCUAGACUGGUAGACUGA